AUGGCUAACCAACCGUUACAUUCCGCUAUCGUUCAUUGGCCGCUUGCCUUGAUCAUCUCCGCCCAUGGAUUCGACGCAUUGCAACUAGGCUUGCCAUUCAUCCCCAAAGAUAUUGUCAACUACCUUCCUACAACCACCGAGCUCUCCAUCAUUUCAUACUACAUCCUCUCUUUCGGUCUCUUGACUGGCCUCGCGGCUGUUGUUACUGGUAUCUACCAGGCCAGCCGCCUUGUGGCCAGACUAGGCGGUGUUUAUGAUGCGGAAAAGAAAGCCAUCAAGCCCAAGGUCAAGACACUGGUUGCCCACGCCGCUCUGAACGACAUUGUUCUCCUGUCCAGUGCCGCAUACUGGCGAACACGUCGGGAGGCAGGAGGUGCGGCGUCUGUGCCUGAUGCGACGAUGUUGGCAGUCGGCGUUGCCCUCGGUAGCAUCCAGUUGUUUGCUGCUGGCCUCGGUCGCAGCUUGGUGUACAGCGCUGGAGCUGGAAAGACAAAGAAGUCGCAAUGA